GUUUUAUCGUGGUUGGUACGGCACCCUUCAGAUGAAGGAGAUUUCCUUGAAGUACCACAGGAUAGAAAUACCGUUAGAGGAUGGAAUGGAUGAGUGCAGGGUGGAACAACUCAUUAAGAGGAUGAAGAACGGCACGGUAGUAAGGAUUAAGAGACGUGGCAUUGAAAGGAAUAGUGGAAAUGAGGAGGAGAAUGAGGAGAAGAAUGAGGAGAAGAAUGAGAAAAGGAAUGAGGAGAAGAAUGAGGAGAAGAAUGAGGAGAAGAAUGAGGAGAAGAAUGAAGAGGAGAAUGAGGAGGAGAAUGAGGAGGAGAAUGAGGAGGAGAAUGAGGAGGAGAAUGAGGAGGAGAAUGAGGAGGAGAAUGAGGAGGAGAAUGAAGAGGAGAAUGAGGAGAGCAAUGAGGAGGAGAUGAGAAGAAUACGUGUAUGGAAUGAGGAGAGGAAUGAGAAAAAUAACCAAAAAUACGAUAAAAGCACAAGCAAGGCGAACUGCACAGACACUCUUCUGUCCAUCAACUCGGUCUGCACAAUUCUAUCAGCGCACAACCUUGAACUGGCACAGCACUGCACAAGUGCACUCAGCACAACGUGGCGUAAAUGCUACCACCUCAGAUUUGCAGCUUCUCCACGGUUUACACCCGGUGAUACGCUUUCACUGUACGUGCCCUAUCCCCUGCAUUACAUACGCUCAUUUAUGCGUGCUGUGGGGUUGAACGAUGACCUGGUGGUGGUGGAGAGCGGGCAGUUGAGGUACGAAGGUACGGUAAGUGUGCUGCUGUGCUAUUUCAUGCCUGUGAUCGUGAAGAAGAUGCAUUUGCUGGUGCUGUACAGGGGAUUGGAUGGUGAAUGGGAUGCGUGCUGUGGUGCACGCACAAAGGGUUGUGAGUGCGAUGCUUGCACCAACCGUGUCGGUACCGCCGUGGUAAAACGUAAAUUGCGCUAUCUCAUCAAGCACUACCAGCGUUUGCCGCCCAUAACAUUUCCUGAUCUGAUUCUCAACGUAGGGGUGAAGGGCACCGCCAUUCUCAGGUGCUGCUCUGUGGGUGAGCUGAGGAACUUCAGUCUUAUCAAUGAGGUGGGCAGGGAUGCAGAGAUCAUCGUGGGGCUGAGAGAGGACGUGCUCAUGAAUAAUUGUGUGCUGGUGGUUGGUGGUGGCAGUGCGAGCACGGAAGGGUCUGGUGCUGAGCACGAUGGGGACGGUAAGCAUGGUGGCAGGGUUGGUAGCGGUGCCGCUACUACCGCAAAUCUUGCCAAUCAUCCUACGGUCAACGCCAAUAACACGUACCACACCGCACCCUGCCCAAGAUACGGCAAAGCAUCAACGUACAUCCACACCAACACUCCUCUGCCAUUGUUCAUCAACGUACGUAAAAACCUUCUGCUCACGUACAAACCCUCAAAGAGAAUGGUGAUGAUAGCCACCGGUACGGGAGUGACACCGUUCCUUUCUUUCAUAAGGAAUAGCACGUGUGAACGUAUGCUGAUGGUUUAUGGGUUUAGGGAUGUUGAGGAUGAUAUUGUUGGUGAGUGUGGGGAUGUACUGUGGUAUAAGGAGGGGUUGGUUAUGUGGUGUGAAGAGGGCGGUAAUGAGAGGGGUGAAGAGAGGGGUGAAGAGAGGGGUGGAGAGAGGGAUGAAGAGAAGGGUGAAGAAGAAGAUAAGAACGAGAGGGGUGAAGAUAAGAACGAGAGGGGUGAAGAACAAACAUGCAAUCAAACAAAGAAUGUUGCCCAUGGUAAGCGUGGCAGUGCACGGAACACAAACAUUUACAGCAAAAACACCGGCAACAGAAGAAGCACCCAUCCGUGCACCCGUAACGUGAACAUCAGCACAUCACACGCACCUAAACAUUUGCAUGGUGCCUUAUCGGUGGUAAAAGUGCAAUCAAAGCACCUGUACGUUCAGUCCUUUCUCAACAACCUGCUGCUCAGGGAUGGCGAUGACCUGCUGUUCUACAUCUGUGGUAACAUAGACAUGCAGAAAAGUGUUUAUGAGCUCAUCAAGAGAAGAUGGGUGCAUGCUGCGCUGGAGAGAAGGGUAUUUUUUGAUAAUUGGGAUUGAUGAGCGGUGUGUGGAUAAUCGGAGGUGGCCUUGCUGGGCGUGAAGGGGC